AUGGCAAAGAACUCGGAUUUGACUGAUAUUUGUCACAAUGUUUUGGAAAAGGAUCUUCAGUUCGAGAACUACGAGAAAAUGUUGAAUUUGUCGAUAUCUGCGGCGAGACGUGAUUUGAGCGCCGGUAGCCUUCCGGUGCUGUUGCUGUCGGACAUCUUCGACUGCCGGACAUUAGAUGAAUGCCAACAGCUGUUCGUUUUGAUCGAAAACAAAGUCGAUGUCUGGAAGGAAGAGGUGUUCUUCAAGAAU